AUGGACCGAAAGGAUGGGUCGUUCGUUCCAUCGAAGGAGGGUACCAUACGGAGCAGCAGCGAUGGGCCGAACUUCGCCAUUUUUGGGCAACCACAGCCGCCGGCCUCGACAUAUUGCACCGGACUGGCACCGGGAUCCACCAGUGUACGCCCAUUUGGUAGGGGCGGUCACGAACCGGAAUUUGCCAUCAGACGCCUGUUCGAUGACAACAACAGCAGCAGCAGGACCACUGGCCACGACUCGGAAUCGAACGGCAAGCGCUUGUUCGAAAGGACGGUCCGCAGUGCGGAGUGCAAAAGCAAACGAUUGUUCGAGCGGACUGGUCGCAGUUCAAAGUCCACAGCAUGUUCCAUAAUUGGGAAGCCUGUGUGCGAGCGCGAUGCCAGUCACAAAUUCGACGGUUCCGGUUGCGAUACAUACAGUUAG